AUGGUGGAGCGGGGAGACGCGGCGCCGCUGCUGCGCUGGGCCGAGGGCCCCGCCGUCUCCCCACCGCGGGCCCCGGACCCGCAGGCCGGAGGCCGGGGCUGGGGCGGCGGCGGGGGCGGCCGGGCGGCCGCGGAGCCGCCGAGGAGGCGGGAGCCCGAGGCGCUGGGUCCCUCCGAGGUGCUGCUGCAGCCCGGGCGCCUGGAGCUGGGCGACGUGGAGGAGGACCAGGUGGUGGCCGUGUUCGUGGUCACUUUCGAUCCCCGCUCGGGAAACAUGGUAGAAUGGUGCUUACCUCAAGAUAUUGACCUUGAAGGCGUUGAGUUCAAAUCUAUGGCCAGUGGGUCCCACAAAAUUCAGUCUGAUUUCAUCUAUUUCCGGAAGGGGCCCUUCUUUGGCCUGGCCUGCUUCGCCAACAUGCCUGUGGAAAGCGAGCUGGAGCGUGGUGCGCGGAUGAAGUCCGUGGGCAUCCUCUCGCCCUCCUACACCUUGCUUUACCGGUACAUGCACUUCCUGGAGAACCAAGUUCGGCACCAGCUGGAGACGCCGGGACAUUACUCGCACCUGGCCGCCUUCUACGAGGACAAGAAGGGGGUGCUGCACGCUGGCCCCGGGAGAGGCGGCAGCCUGCCCCCUGUCUGCUGGCUGCCUUCCAUCCACCGCUACAUGUACCCUGAGAUGAAGAUCACACACCCAGCUGGCUGCAUGUCUCAGUUUAUUAAGUUCUUUGGAGAGCAGAUCCUCAUCCUUUGGAAAUUUGCCUUACUUCGAAAGCGCAUUUUGAUAUUUUCUCCCCCUCCUGUGGGCGUCGUAUGCUAUAGAGUGUACUGCUGCUGCUGCCUGGCCAACGUCUCUCUGCCCGGUAUCGGGGGCACCGUUCCCGAGUCCAAGCCUUUCUUCUACGUGAACGUGGCCGACAUCGAGAGCCUGGAGGUAGAGCUGUCCUAUGUGGCCUGCACCACGGAGAAGAUCUUCGAGGAGAAGCGGGAGCUGUACGACGUCUACGUGGACAACCAGAACGUGCGGACGCACCACGACCACCUGCAGCCGCUGCUGAAGAUCAACAGCGCGGACAGGGAGAAGUUCCGGCGGCUCAACGAGCAGAGGCAGAUGCUGCUGUAUUCCCAGGAAGUAGAAGGAGAUUAUAACCCUUGUGAAGAGGACCUCUUUGUGCUGUUUUUCCUCGAGCAGAACAACCGGAUAUUUCAGACUCUGUUGGAGGUGUCCGCCAGUCAAGACAAAACGCUGACAGCCGAGCACGCCCGGGGCAUGGGUCUGGACCCUCAGGGAGAUCGGAGCUUUCUUAUGGACCUGCUGGAGGCAUACGGCAUUGAUGUCAUGUUGGUCAUUGACAACCCUUGCUGCCCGUAGGAGGCGUGAGCCGGACUGUGAGCCACUGUCACUUGGGAAGUGUACCCAGGCUCCCGAUGGCCUGAUUUUUUUUAUUAAGUUGACACAAAGGAAUAUUGUUUAUACUUCCAACAAAUGUCAUCUUUGCAUCUCCUCUCUUCCCUUCCUCCCUAGAGGUAAGAUGAGCGCGCCUUGGCUUUGUGUCCUGCUUUGGCAGGUCGUUGGGAGCUGCCACUUUCAGAGCUGCCGCCUGGUUUGAUCUUAGGCAUUCUCAAGGUAGAUUCUCUCAUCUUUUUGUUGAGUGACUUGAGGAGACGUGGCAAAGGCCGAGUGUCACCAGGAGCGGGCUGAGCUCUGGAAACAGCUAGGAGGGACUGUUCAGAAAGUCUCUGUGGUCUUUGUCCCUGGAUGAAUUCGAGAAUGAGACAACUGUCUGUCCAGCGUGGCCUUGGAUGUCAGUCUGCCCGAAGCAGCAGCUACACCAGAUGGCCUUUGAAGGUUUUUAUCAGUGCUGGGAGUCUAGUCUUGGUAUUGAAUCCCUUUUCCUGUUUCUUAGGGUAAAUCUCUGUUUUCUCUGUUCACGUGAGUAGAUUUCAAAGUGGGACAAAGGAUGUUUCUGACAUCAAGUAUGAGCUUCUCUCAGGACAGAUGACAGGGAGAGAGGUUGCUUCAGUCAGCUGAAAACUAAAAUUGUAAAAUGCAGCCUUGAAACCUUUCUCAGAGUAAGUUCAUGGUGGCCAUUCAUGUACUAGUCCUCUUUCUCUGAUUCCCCUCCUCUCGGGAUGGGCUGGCAGGGUCCUGUGGGGCACUGUCAGCCAGACUGUGUACAAUUUUGAGCCCUCACAGACACACUUGUCUUUAGCAGAGAUGACAUUCCUUGAGCUCAGUAAUUGGGACCAGAGACGUAACAGGUUUGUUAGAGAGCAAAUGUGACAGUGCCUUCAGCCAGGAAAGUGGCCAGGAACCCCGAGUGUGGGUGAUGGGUUUACCUGCUUUCCUCUGGAAUGUUCUGACCUGGGACAGCUCCUGUCAGCCCCUGCCUAUUCUCUUUGGGGCGUUCAGUGGAUGCCAGCUUAGGGGAGGCAGUGACGGUUUGUUAGCCAGAGAAGCUGCCUCCUCUGAGCAAGAGUUUAGUUUUUUGGACCAGUUUAGGAUUUUUGACUUGGGAUACCGGGCUGUUGGUGACAAAUAAUUUCUUCCCCUCCACCCUUCCUGCCUGGCUCUGUUAUUGGAAUAGCCAUCAGUGGAUUUGUGUCUGGGACCAAGUUCCAGCCAAGCUGAUGUACACAGCAGAGAGAAAUAACCCUCAAAUGGAUGCAUCAUAAUUCUUAUCUCAAAAACAGCUUUAUAGGGCUUAUUGCUUGAUUCCAAAAUAUUUUCACUGCAGCUCCUUAAUAGGAAGUUCAAGACUAGAGAAAUUCACAUGUGGAAAUGCAAACAGACAUUGAUUAAUCAAGGUAGCAUCUUUUAUGUAAAUAUAUAAAUAAGUUUGGGCACUGAAAUGUAAACUGUACAGUACAUUUUUCUCCUCUGUGGGUUUAGCCAUCAUUUCAGUAAUAUAUAUGUUUACAAAAGAAAAAAAAAGUCUAUGUUUAGAAGCUGAAGCUUCACUGCCUUUUUCCUCGAAGAGCGGCCGUCUCCUCUUGCCCCUGGAAAAGGAGCGUCCUUUCUAACUUGGGUCAAGUAAAGGUUACUUUUAGUGGUACCCAAAGGUUCAAGGUUUUCUAAGGGGGGUGUGUCAGGAGCCAGGAGCAGGGGUGGGGGUGAGAGGAGAGGUCAGAUUCUCUUGGAGGACACAGGCAGACACAUUCUGUGGAGUUGGGGAAUUUGUUGGCGGAAUACUCUUUUAAGCACUUCUGCUCCAGGGGCGUUCUGCACGCAAACAUGUCUGUUCUAUGGUGCUGUAGCUCCAAGCUCAGAAGUGCUGGUGCAAAGGUAAUGGGAUGAAAAUGAGGUUCCUGUAUUUCCCUUUGGAUGGUGGACCCGGGGUUCUGGGCUCCUUUCAACUCCACGAUGUUCUAGGCAGCCGUCCGUCUGGUGUCUCCGUGCAUCUCCCCCAGCCCUGCGAUGCUCGUGCAGAGGGCUGGGGUGGGGUGCCCCUGAGAGGGCUUGCCCCUGGGGCAGUGCCAUGUCUGAGGUCAUACGCAGCCUGAGCUCAGCUGGCCCGAGAUCAGAACUCCCCCCCUCACUCCCAGGAGUGCUUUAAGAGGACCUUGCCAGCUUCCUCAUGGGGCCAGCAGGCUGGUGCCGCGCUGCCUCUGCCUGGCUGAUUGACAUGCCCGUAGUUACCUGCAUCCCUGUCACCCCCCGAGGGGUUCUUGCCUGGGAUGGAGCUCGGGGCCUCUUACUUCCGAGAUCACCUUCUGAAGGCUCCCACCCUGCUGCGUUCUCCCUCAUCUCUUGGGUAAGCAGCACAGCCCAGCAUCACUCACUGCCAGGUCUCUGAAAGGGCAAUUCGUUAGUGACGUGCCAGGCAGGAGUCCCUGCACGUUGACAGCAGAAGCUUGAAGCCACAGAGGCUUGAUUUUCUGUCACUGUUGAGAUAUUUUCUGAGAAACCAUCUGCUUUUGUGUGGGAGACGGUGGUGAACGGCCUUCCCUGUUCUCUGUAGGGGCAGGGACUACCACCAUUGGCCUUCUGGAGCAGGGUUGGGGACCUCAGGUGUGGUGCAUUGACUGAGGGUGGUCUUCUGCCCCUCUCGACUCUUAGACCUCCACCCUCCCCUGCCCCAGCUGGCUUCUGGGACCUUGAAGCCUGAUCUAACACCAUGCCGUGAGCCACGUACUAACCUGGACACAUUGCUGACCUGAGACACGGGGGCUGCUGGCUCAACCUUGAAUCAAGUUAGAAGAAAUUCCAGGUGGCAAGAGUCCUUGUGGGGCCUCGAAUCCAGGCUUGGGGUUUACUGAUGUCUGGUAAAAUGGGUUUCUCAAGUUUGCAGUCUUGGCCGAUGGUGAUAUUCAGCCUUGAGGGCAAGGUCUAGUUGGCCUCUGGAUUAAGAUGCUUCAGGAGUCAGAAAUAGUAGGACUUAUCUUUUACCAGACCAAGAAGUAUGGGCCAAUUAGUUGUUUAGAGUUAGCUUUGGCUUUUGUUAAGCAUGAAGCACUCAGGCUGGUGUAGAUCCUUUCCGACGUCACUGUC